AUGGGGGGAGGAAAUAAUUCGGUGGUGUCUGAGAUUGUGUUGGUGGGACUCACCAAUUCUUUGGAGAUGCAGCUUGUCCUAUUUCUAGUUUUCUCUGUGUUUUAUGUAAUAGGUAUUUUAGGAAACCUCCUCAUUGUGCUCACAGUGAUCUCUGACUCCCAUCUACACUCCCCCAUGUACUUCCUGCUGGCCAACCUCUCCUUUAUUGACAUGUGGGUUUCCUCCAUUGCAGCUCCCAAGAUGAUUUCUGAUCUUUUCAAGGAGAGAAAAGUAAUCUCUUUCCAAGGCUGCGUUGCUCAGAUGUUCUUCAUUCAUGUUAUUGGAGGAACUGAGAUGGUUCUGCUCAUUGCCAUGGCCCUUGACCGUUAUGUUGCUAUAUGCAGGCCUUUCCAUUACCUGACCAUCAUGAACUUCAGAACUUGUGUUUUACUUUUGGUGGUAGCUUGGACCAUUGGGAUCAUUCACUCAUUGAUCCAACUUGUAUUUGUUGUAAACCUGCCAUUUUGUGGCCCUAAUGAAGUGGACAGCUUUUACUGUGAUCUUCCUCGAUUUAUUAGGCUUGCCUGCACAGACACGUACAAAUUGGAGCUCAUGGUCACUGCCAAUAGUGGUUUCAUCUCUCUGGGAACUUUUUUCAUUUUGGUUAUUUCCUAUAUCUUUAUCUUGGUCAUUGUUUGGCAACGUUCUUCAGGUGGCUUGUCCAAGGCCCUCUCCACUCUAUCAGCUCACAUCACAGUUGUGGUCUUGUUUUUUGGUCCAUGUAUUUUUGUGUAUUCAUGGCCAUUUCCCACAGUACCAGUGGAUAAGUUCCUUGCCAUUUUUGAUGUAAUUAUUACCCCAUUUCUGAACCCUGCCAUCUACACUUUCAGGAAUAAAGAGAUGAAAGUGGCAAUGAGGAGGAUAUUCAGUCAGGUGUUGAGCUCCAAGAAGAUGUUUUAA